CGUCAUCGUCCAGACAGGAACGUCCCCUCGCCGAACGCAGCGGCCGCCUCGACUCAUCGCUGAGGAGAUCGUCGUCGUCUCACGAGAAAUAAAGAUAAAGAGAAGAGAAUGGCCUCGUACCGGCUGCGCUGUUCGAUCCCGGCACACGACAUGGACGUGCGCGGCGUGACGCCGCUGCCGAACGCGGCGAGCGGCGGUUUCGCUUCGGUGUCUCGCGACCGCACCGCCUGCCUCUGGGUCCCCGCCGCGGGCCCCGGGUCCGAGUUCCGCGAGGCGGCCCGCUGGAAGGCGCACGACGCGUUCGUGUCGUGCGUGUGCGCGCUGCCGCCCUCCGCCGACUUCCCCGCGGGCCUCGUGGCGACGGGAGGCCACGACGGGCACGUGUGCGUCUUCGCGGCCGACGCCCUCGGCCCCGCGUCGGUUCCGCUCUACCGGCUCGAGGGCCACGGCUCCACCGUGUGCUGCCUGGCGGUGGGUGGUGACGGCGACGACGGCGGGGGCGGCGGCGCCGUGCCGGCGUUGGCGGGCGUGCUCGUGAGCGGGUCGUGGGACGCGACGGCGCGGGUGUGGCUCCGGGACAAGUGCGUGACCACGCUGCAGGGGCACGGCGCGUCGGUCUGGGCAGUGAGCGUGCUGCACAAGCAGGGCGCCAUUCUCACCGGCUCGGCCGACAAAUCCAUCAAGAUGUGGAAGGCAGGCCGCUGUGAGGUCACCUACACGGGCCACGAGGAUUGCGUGAGGGGCCUCGUGGUUCUGGGCGGCGGCGAGGAGUUCCUGUCGUGCAGCAACGACAGCAGCGUGCGGCGCUGGGCGCUGGCGGGGCCCUGCCUCUCGACGCUCUACGCUCACACCAACUACGUCUACUCCAUCUGCCUGCUGCCCAACACCUCCGGGUUCGUGACGGGAGGAGAGGACCGCACGGUCCGCGUGUGGCGCGGCGAGGAGUGCGUUCAGACAGUGCGCCUACCGGCCCAGUCCGUGUGGAGCGUUUGCGCUCUGCCCAACGGCGACAUCGUGGCCGCCACCAGCGACGGGCGCGUGCACGUGUUCACGGAGAGCGAGGAGCGAGCGGCGCCAGCCAGCGAGCAGCGCGCGCUCGAGGAAGAGCUGGCGGGCAGCGCCAUCGACCCCAAGACCGGCGACCUCGGCGACAUCGGCAGCAGCGAGCUGCCCGGGCGCGAGCACCUCGACGAGCCCGGCACGAGAGACGGGCAGACUCGCCUGAUCCGCGAGGAGGGCCGGGUCGAGGCCUACCAGUGGAGCGCGGCGAUCGGCGGUGACGGCGGCCGCUGGAUCAAGAUCGGCGACGUCGUGGGCUCCUCGGGGGCCACGCAGCAGACCUCGGGGAGGGUCAUGUACGAGGGCAAGGAGUACGACUACGUCUUCUCCGUGGACCUCAACGAGGGCGGGCGGCCGCUGAAGCUGCCGUACAACGUGAGCGAGGACCCGUGGGCGGCGGCCAACGCCUUCCUGGGUCGCCACGACCUGUCGUCCCUCUUCCUCGACCAGGUCGCCAACUUCAUCGUGGAGAACACGCGCGGCGCCACGCUGGGCGGCGGCGCCGGCGCCGGACAGGCGGACCCCUUCACCGGAGGAGGGCGCUACAUUCCAGGUGUUGGCUCCGCCCCCCACGGCACCCCCGGUUCACAAGCCACCGCACCCAACCAACGGGACCCAUUCACAGGAGGUGGUGCGUACUUGAGCGGUGCCAAGCCGGACGCCGCCACCGCCGUCUCCAGCGCGUUCUUCCCGCAGACCAAGGUCGUGACCUUUGACCAGGCCAACGCCUCCGCCAUUGUGGCCAAGAUCAGCGACCUCAACAAGCAGGUGGCGGAGACUCUGCGUGCGUCCGACGGCGACCUGCAGGCCCUGCAGACCCUGGCCGACUGCGCCACUAGGCCGGAGGCGGGGGAGACGAUCACAACGUCUCAGCUCGAAGCCCUGGAGCUCGUGCUGAGCUGGCCAGAUGAGUUUCUCUUCCCCGCGCUGGACAUCCUGCGCCUCUGCCUGCGCCUCGACGUCCCCAACAAGCACUUCCUGGGCGCCGCCUGCGGCCCGGCGCAGCUCUCCCGCCUCCUGGCGCUCACCUCGGCGCCCGGAGCCGGCGCCGCCGCCCCGAUGCUGGCGCUGCGAGCGCUCUGCAACGCCUGCAGCCGCGAGCCCGGCCGUCGGCUCAUGCGGGAGCGGCGCUCGCUGGUGGUGGAGGGGGCGCUGGAGCUCGUCGGCUCCGACAACCGCAACGUGCAGGUCGCGCUGGCCACGCUGCUGCUCAACUACGCCGUCCUCCACAACGAGUCGUCCUCCUCCGCGUCGUCCCCAAACGGCGACGACGACGAGGCCAUGACCCAACUGCUGUCGGCGGCCGUGGCGCUGCUGGAGCGGCGACCGGACCCCGAGGCGUCGUUCCGGCUGCUCGUGUGCGUCGCCACGCUGGUGCUACGCCGCGGCCGCGCCGGCGACGGCGACGCCGCCCGCAGGCUGAGCGACGCGCUGGGGGUGAGGGCCCACGCCGAGCGGUGCGCCGGCCUGCCGGGGGCGCCGGCAAAGCUCACCGAGUGCGCGCGCUCGCUGCUGGCCUUCCUGUGAUGGGCGCGGGUCGCUUAGGGUGGUGGGCGGCGGGGUGGGCGGUCACGUACGGUGCGAAGAAAGCUUAAACGUGUCGGACAAAAUGGUUUUGCGAGUCCAGGACGUGGAGGCCACAGAGUGGGGGGAUUGUUGAAGAACGGCGGCGGUGGGGGGGGACGGGGCACCCGGUGAGGCACGUGGAGGGUGGGGUACAGUGGGACACCGCGGAAGUUUAGUGAGACGUGGGGUAGUUCAGUGGGACAAGGGGGGGGGGGAGUUCAGUGGGACAAAGGGGGGGGAGACACUGCUUGCGUGUCGUUCAGCGGACACGCGUACAACUUCCUUGACGCCGCAAGUCGCCAAACCGCACUGAUCGGAGGAGAGCGCGUGCGGCCACCUUGCGGCCACCUUGCGGGCCCCACGCGAGCGUUGGGAUUGGGCGCGUGGGGUGGACGACAACGACGACGCACGACAGGGCGUGCGUGGAGGGGGGGGGGGGCGACACGGAGAUUGUGGUGGACUCAGAAGGUCACCAAAGUUUGGGUAACGCCGCGAGUCGCCGCGGGGUUUUAUCUUUUAGUCUCCUGGUUAAGUGACGACAACGGGUGCCGUUUGCCACCGAGUGACGUUGGCGCCCCCCGCGGCGCCUGCGCCAGGCUAGGUGCACUUUCAAGGCCGCCACGUGAAGCGUCGAAGGCUCGCUGCCGCUGGCAGGAGAUGGCUGGCAACUGCACCAGCUUACCGUGCCAACUUGGUCAAAUUUAAAGACAACUGCACACACAAAGAUAAAGAUCCCCUGUAUAGCCUUUCCAGACUGUUGGGGCAAGUACUGUUAGCGAGGGGGUGGGUGGCCAGCACCACGCACGGCCGCCUGUCUCCCCCAGUGGCGAUGUUUACUACACGCCGCACCAGGUACUCAUUUGAGGCCGAGUCGACCUAGGGGAGGCCCAGGACCGGUUCAGAUAAUCGUCACUGAUGUUGGCCGCAACCGAGAAUCGAACUCUGGUAGCUGGUUUUGUAACGCAGCGUAGCGCUAACCGCUGCACCACCACUCCCCCUGCACACACGUGGGGGGGGGGGGGGGGGGGGGUGGCACGUGCCCCCCCAAUGAUCCCAUCGAAAUCCCUCAUUUCGAUCGGAUCAUUGGGGUUUAUUAGUAAUAAAUUGGCAUUUUGCGACCCGCACUGCCACUGUGUAGUAUAUUACUACGUGCCAGGGACUCGAUGAGCUGAUAGGACAAUAGUCUGAGUCCAUAAUUGGCAACAAGUAACGGCAAAGCAGUUAUAAGCGACUCACAGAAUUGUGCGCAGUUGCGUAUACAGGGACCUUACUAAUGGUAAAGUAAAAAAAAUUGUCUUCUUGGUUCUUUCGGUAAAGUCACGUAGAAGGGAAGUAAUAAAAUAAUAAAAAUAAAACAUAACAAAAUAAUUCUCACGACGUUUCGGCCACAACGCAAGCAGCCGUCUUCAGGUGGAGAACAGGUCUGUCGACAGAAUUAUUUCGUUGUUUUAUUUUUAUUAUUUUAUUACUUCCCUUCUACGUGACUUUACCGAAAGAACCAAGAAGAUGAAUCCCUGCAGUCACGAAAGCUUUAAAUCGAAAGGACACGACUUCCCUGAAGGCAUUCACCUUCAGCGAGCGCGAUGCUGAUCACACCACGCGGUUCCAAUUCGACCUCCUUACUUACUAACAACUCCUUACUUACCAACACGUCCUUACUAACAACUUCUAUCAUUUUUCAUUGCUGGAGGGGUUGCCCCCCCCUCCUCUACUUGAAAAUCCUGGCUCCUCCGCCAUUGCGUAUGAUGAUGUAAGCGACACGUGUCAUUAACUCGCCACCCAACACGGCCAAUCGUAGGAGAUUUGUCACAUCAACGAAACGUACCCCCCAACUGGUUACUCGCUCAGCAGUCACCAGCUGUGUGUUGGGGAGGUGAGCCUGCGACAACCGACUACGCCCUCCUCACUCCCCACGCCAAAGACGAGAUGUAUAAUACUGCCUCACCUUUACACCCUCCGUGCACCUGUACAUUGAAAUUGCCCCGGUGGGUUUCCCUGUACAAUGUAUAUUGGAUUUGUGCGCGAGACUGUGAGCGAGAUUGGUUUUAAAGAUUUCUCGCCCCCAAAAUGGUUGGAAAAAAAUAAAAUUAA